AUGUCAGAUCUCACUUCUAUUGCUACCAGCUUUAGCAAGUAUUUUUCUAACAUUGGUCCCAGUCUCGCAGCUGGGAUCUCACCCUCCACUGCUAUCUUCAGAGGUUUCUUAAGCCAAACCACACAAACACCUUUGGAAUUUCAGCGUCUCGCAGCUGAUGAACGUAAAGCCAUAGAACAUAGUUUUAACUUUUAUAAAACUUCUGGGGUGGAUAAUAUUCCAAUGACAAUUAUUAAACUCAGUAUCGACAUCAUUGUUGAACCCUUAACUGAAAUUAUUAACCUAUCUUUAGUAAGUGGGUGCUUUCCUGAUACCCUCAAAAUCGCAAAAGUUCUCCCUAUUUUUAAAACUGGUGAUCCAGAAAAGCUUGAAAAUUAUCGGCCCAUUUCCAUUCUUCCAUCUUUUUCUAAAUUUUACGAAAAAGUAGUUUAUAAUCGUAUCUAUAGAUACUUAAAAAAUCCUAAUCUUCUUUAUAACAAUCCGUUUGGAUGUCGUAGAAAUCAUUCUACGUAUAUGGCAUUGAUUCAGUUGGUUAAUAAUAUUGCUUCUGCCAUCGAUAACAGAGAAUCGCCUGCUGGAGUUUUCUUGAACUUUUCGAAAACGUUUGACACUAUUGAUCACCAUACUUUGCGCAAUAAGCUCGAUCACUAUGGUAUUAGAGGGCAGUCUAUUAAUUGGGUAUCUAGCUAUUUGACAAACAGGAAGCAGCUUGUUCAGUUUACUUCAGCAUGUUCUUAACAGGAACCAGUUGUGUGUGGUAUUCCCCAAGGAUCAAUUUUAGGACCUCUUUUGUUUAUUAUUUAUAUUAAUGAUCUCCCUAAUGCAUCUAAUCUGUUAAAGACUUUUUUAUUUGCGGAUGAUACUAGCCUUUUUUAUUCUCAUAAAGGUCCUACCCAGCUCAUUCGUGUCAUGAAUUCUGAAUUAUCAAAAAUAUCUGAAUGGCUUAAAGUGAAACAAAUUAUCACUCAAUGUCGCCAAAACAAGCUAUAUUCUUUUUCGACCCAGGCAAAAACCCAUUGCUUUUAGUGAUACAAUUACGCUAGAUAACAUUGCUGUGCAAAAGGUUGACGUGACAAAGUUUCUUGGUGUUUUAUUAGAUCAGCAUCUUUCUUGGAAAUAUCAUAUAAAUCAAGUUACUAAAAAGUCUGAAAGACAAUAAUUAGAUAGGAAUCAUGCAUAAGUAAAGCACGUUUCUUUCUUCAUUCUAAAUCUUUGUGAACCUUAUACUAUACAUUGGUUUACCCGUAUCUUAACCUGACUAUAACAUUGCAUGGUGCUCAACGUAUCCAUCCAAUUUGAAUAGGAUUCUAUACCCACAGAAACGCAUCGUCAGAAUCAUUUGUGGAGCUGAAUAUCUUGCCCAUACUGCACCUCUUUUCCGGCCUCUUAAAAUCCUUGACAUUUUUAAAAUUAAUGCGUUCUUUGUUGCGUGUUUUAUGUACUCAUAUCACAAUAACCUCCUUCCUGAUACGUUUAACACAACUUUUGUUACUAAUCGCCAAGUACACACAUAUAAUACUCGAAAUACUGAUAACUACCGACCUUAUGUCUGUAGAACAAACAUUAAACAGUUCACAAUCCUUCAUCUAGGACCUAAACUAUGGAACUCCCUUCCCCAUAAUCUUACGGAACUGGCAUGAUACUCUAGUUUCAAGACUUCAUUAAAAAAGUACCUCAUCGAGAGGGCUAUAAAUUAAACUCGCCUGACCAUGAUAUGGCAGCUUAGAUUAAAUCAUAAUUAAGUAUGAGGAGCCCAAUUUUCUACAAGCUUUUUAGCUUCUAUUGGGCUUCCUCGCCACUCUAUAUAUUGCAAAAAGCGGUUAAGUCUCUUAAUAUUACAUUUAAUUGUGAACUUUUUUUUUUUUAGCUUUUCCUGUUCUGUAAAUUGUGCAAUCUUAGUAAUAAUAUAUAUAUAUAUAUAUAUAUAUAUAUAUAUAUAUAUAUCUUUUCAUAUUCUUUCUGUAAUAUUUAUUCUAUGUGGCAAAUAUAAAAAUAAAUAAAUAACCCACACCAGCUAGUGCAGUGAAGCACAGUGCCCAACAAUUAAAAAACUACGAAGAUGUAAAUCAACAUGCUACCCUUCACUAACAACCAGAAAGUCAUAACGUGCUAGCCAAUUACUGUCUCUUGUGAAUGUACUGGUUUAAACAGAAAACAUCUAUCUCUUCGAUAUAAUAAAAAGAUUUGAAACUUCUUUAAAAACCGAAUUUGCUCAAAUUUCUCUUUCUGCCCAAAAAAUCUGAGUUGCCAAAAAUUUAGGGGGGCUGCAGCCCUCCUAGUCUGCUACACAGCCGAUUUUAGUGUCGUCACGCACGCCCCUCCCCACUAACGGCUGCUGAAAACCGAACUACAUUCCUUUCCCGUGAUUAGCCAAUUAUAAUUCAUAAUUAUAAUGCAGCUCCCAUUUUGUGGAAGGUGUUCACGCCACCUUUGCGGUACUUUGACUCCUCCAAUCACAGCUUUGCUUUUAUUGUUGCCCCAUGUGUGAAUGACAGAAUAAUCAAAAUCCUCGCGUGAAAACAAGCAAUUAACUACAGUGUUGUCGUAGUCGAGUCCUAUUCAAAAUUUAGGAGAUAAGCAGCAACAGCAAGCAAGUCGAGCAAAUGGCGAUGCACAACAUGGAUAUGCUCAUAAAGUUGCCAGGUAUAGUUUCGAGAAAUCGCUCAUCGAUAAUUUAUAAGAUUGCUUUUUUGAAUCAGUACCCUUGAGAGUUUAGUCUUCACAGGAACACAAUGAGCACAUCCGGUACAUUAAAUUCUUCAUUAUAUAUCAGCACAUAUGCACGUUAAAUGAAGAACCAACCGAUCCUGGUAAAAGUCUUCUAGGCCUAUCAAACCUUUUUUUCACUUGGAACUUUCUUGACCGCUUAAAACAAACUUUUUUGCAAAUUUACCUUUUCGUUUCUUGAAAAUACAGAGCCCGUCUAAAUUCAGCGACGAUUGAUUGAUUUGUCGAAAACUGAGAAGCGUGCUUGAUUCCUAACGCCCUGCGGCACACGUAUUGUCAAAUUUCUUGCAUGUGAUUGGUUUGGUCGUUAGACCACAAACACAAAGGGAAAGGAAUGUAGUUCGGUUUUCAGCAGCCGUUAGUGAGGAGGAGCAUUGCGUGACGACACUAAAAACGGCUGUGUAGCAGACUACAGCCCUCCCGGCCCCCCGUCCUGUACGCCUAUACUAUGGCUUUGCCUCUGAGACAGACUGCAAUUAAUCUCUUAAUACAUUUCCUCCGUUCACUGCUAUAAUAGGCCAUGGCUCGUCGUUUUAAUUACACAUCUUUACUUACAGAAGUCUAUACUGAGUCAUGGUUUUCCAGGCAUUCCGGGGUCAAAUGGCAUGCCGGGAAUGCCGGGCGUGCCUGGGCCGCAGGGGCCCCAGGGAAGAGAAGGUCAAAAAGGGCGAAUUGGUGAUAAGGGAUCGCAAGGAGUGCAGGGUCCAAGAGGAGACAGAGGGCGCGAAGGGCCUCCCGGGAAGAGCGGACCGCCAGGAAAUAUGGGAAUGAAAGGUGAAUCGGGGCUUGUGGGAAUGAAAGNCCUAACGCCCUGCGGCACACGUAUUGUCAAAUUUCUUGCAUGUGAUUGGUUUGGUCGUUAGACCACAAACACAAAGGGAAAGGAAUGUAGUUCGGUUUUCAGCAGCCGUUAGUGAGGAGGAGCAUUGCGUGACGACACUAAAAACGGCUGUGUAGCAGACUACAGCCCUCCCGGCCCCCCGUCCUGUACGCCUAUACUAUGGCUUUGCCUCUGAGACAGACUGCAAUUAAUCUCUUAAUACAUUUCCUCCGUUCACUGCUAUAAUAGGCCAUGGCUCGUCGUUUUAAUUACACAUCUUUACUUACAGAAGUCUAUACUGAGUCAUGGUUUUCCAGGCAUUCCGGGGUCAAAUGGCAUGCCGGGAAUGCCGGGCGUGCCUGGGCCGCAGGGGCCCCAGGGAAGAGAAGGUCAAAAAGGGCGAAUUGGUGAUAAGGGAUCGCAAGGAGUGCAGGGUCCAAGAGGAGACAGAGGGCGCGAAGGGCCUCCCGGGAAGAGCGGACCGCCAGGAAAUAUGGGAAUGAAAGGUGAAUCGGGGCUUGUGGGAAUGAAAGGAGAGCCAGGCAUUGUGGGAAAUCAAGGAAAAAAAGGAGACAAAGGAGAGAAAGGAGAAAGCGCCAAAGCAAGUCAAGCCAGUGUAGUACCACAAACCAACUGGAAACAAUAUGUGUGGAAAUCAGCCAGCGGUGCUGAUAACGGAAAGAUUAAGGUAAACAAGAAACGCACUAAAAGCUUAAAAAGAACUAUUUAUAAGUACCACAGAUAAUGUUCAUAGGUGGAAAGAGAUCGAAAAUCCAUUCUUCUGAGGUAAAUUUGAAAGUACAGCUAUGACCUCAACCUCAUUGUCUUAGCCUUCAUCCCCAAUCAACCUUUCUCCAGCUGGCCGGCAUUAAUUUUUGUAGAAAAAUUUGAAACAUCAAACUGAUCCUUAGGGCAAGGCGAUGAAGAAGUAGACAAAAGAAUAAUACAAAAAUAUAUAUAUUUAAACAAACUGCUCAAUAUUUCGGUUUGAAAACAAACCUUCUUUAGGGGCUAAAAGAAAAAGAAAAGAAAAUAAAUCUUAAAGUUCCUUACAAAUAAGAAUUUGAAAAUGUGACAAUCAAAGCAGUGGAUUGUUAUUGGUAUAGGAGACUAAGUGGUAUCAUAUAUCAGUGAGCUUCGCCGCGUCUAUUUAUUCCUAGAGGAAAUAAUGUGUUCCCUUUGUGUAUUAAAUGAGCUUCUCGAGCCUUUCUCACUGCGUCACAGUUGUACUGAUCCAGGUCUACAACUGGGAGAUCCGGCACCACUCAUUGGUUUGUUGCUGUGGACUUCCUGAUAUUUUAUAUAUUAAUUUUUGUGUUAUUUAGCAUUAUUAGAGUUGCGGACAUUUUAAUCGUUUUGUUUUGUUUUUGUUUUUUGUUUUUUUUGUAGGACUGUGCUUUUAACAAGUUGAAAUCGGACACAGCGCUCAAAGUCUCCUUCCAGGGUAACAUGAGGAUUUAUGGCAAUGCUAAGUGUAAUCGGUGGUAUUUCAAGUUCAAUGGAAACGAAUGCAGUGGACCAAUGACGAUUGAGGCCGCUGUUUACAACGACUGGUCAUCUGGGAACCCUGAUCUGUUCCAUCAUCGGUCAUUUGAGGGGUACUGUGAAAAUAUCUCACAAGGAGCGGUUAGAAUGGAAUUAUGGGUAGGACAAUGUAGUGGCAGCACCUUGGGAAAUGCUUACACUGGUUGGAAUUCAGUGUCCCGAAUAAUGAUAGAAGAAGUAUCUAGGUCCCAGUCCUAA